AGAAGCAGCUUUGUAGCCCGUACCGUGAGCUGCAGCUUCCAUAUACAGUACAUCGAACAGGUGUUUGACUUCCAGCCUGGUCUUAUCUAGCAAGGGAAAGAAUAGUUUCUGUUUUCAGAUUCUGCCUUUGGAGUUUUCACCGGUGCUGCUGAUGUUCAUCUUGCCGUAUAAAUGUCAAUAAAAUCUUGAGUGAGCGUCCGAGAUAGACUCCGCUUGACGCAGUCAGUGUUCUUCUCCAUGUGGUAGUGUUUUCUUCAUAAUACGAUACACGCCCAAAGCGUUUUCAGUUCAAUCGAGAGAUGUUUGAUUUUGAGGUUGACGGCUUCUAUGAUUAAUUAAAGAGAAAUUAGAACAGCAUGAAAAUGCUUCGCUUUCGCAGUUCAAGUAUCAAGUCCUUAAGCCAAGAGAUCAAAUGUACAAUCAGACUGCUGGAUGACACUGAGCUACCUUGUAUUAUUCAGAGAGACACCAAAGGUCAAUUCCUCAUUGAUCACGUUUGCAAUCAUUUCAGCUUGUUGGAAAAGGAUUACUUUGGCAUUAGAUAUGUUGACCCAGAGAAACAACGGCAUUGGCUGGAACCCAACAAGUCAGUUGUGAAGCAAAUGAAAUCUCAGCCUCCGUAUACCAUGUGUUUUAGAGUGAAGUUCUAUCCUAGUGAACCUGUGAAAGUCAAAGAAGAGCUCACCAGGUAUUUAUUGUAUCUUCAAAUUAAAAGGGACAUAUUUCAUGGAAGACUUCUUUGCUCUUUGUCAGAUGCAGCUUCUCUGGGUGCAUAUACUUUACAAGCUGAGUUGGGUGAUUAUGAACCAGAUUUACACCCAGCGGGAUAUGUCAGUGAAAUUAAAUUGUUUCCCAAGCAAACCCAAAAACUGGAAAGAAAAAUGGAGCAGAUUCACAAAAAUGAACUAAGGGGACAGACAGCACCUGUUGCGGAACUAAAUCUGCUGCAGAAAGCUCAAACAUUAGAAACCUAUGGUGUUGAUCCCCAUCCAUGCAAGCCAGUGUUUACGUGCAAACAGGCUGCCGUAACUUCUCCAGAAGUGCGGCGGAGAGGGAACAGCUCCGAGGAAAGUCCCAGCCAAUGUUUCCAACAGUCUGAUUCUUCAGGAGCUACAACUUUCAUUGGAUUCACUGCCACAGGUUUUGUUGUUUUCCAAGGGAAUAAAAGGAUUCAUCUCCUAAAAUGGUCUGAUGUCAGCAAAUUGAAAUUCGAUGGGAAGACAUUUUAUGUUCAUGGUAUUCAGAAAGAGAAGAAAACUGUACUGACCUACCAUACAUCAACGCCAGCUGCUUGCAAGCAUCUUUGGAAAUGUGGUGUGGAGAACCAAGCUUUUUACAAGUAUGAAAAAUCCAGUCAGAUCAAGACUGUUUCCAGCAGCAACAUCUUUUUUAAAGGCAGGAGGUUUCGUUUCAGUGGAAGAGUUGCAAAAGAAGUUAUUGAAGCAAGCACCAAAAUUCAGCGCACCCCCCCCGAAGUUCACAGGUCGACACUUGCCCAGAGUCGGAGUUAUAAUUCUUUAUCCAAGCAGUUGAUAAUAAGCACUGAAACAACAAAAUCGUGGCUUCCAUCUCCUGAUGAAUCUGAAGAGCAAUCUGCCUUGGAUGGUGGAGAGUUUUUGGUGUUGAAUGAUGAAUCUACUUCUGAAGCAGAAAAGGAAAAAGAGCCACCAACUGAGAAAGGAGACAUGGGUGAAUUCAAAUGUGAGAACAAAGAGGAAAAUAGUGAUGAAGCUUUAACCAUAUCAGAAUUGGUGUAUAAUCCAAGUGCCAGUGUCCUGCCUACUCCUGUAGAAGAUCGUGGAAUUGACUUGCUUUUUAAUAGUCAUGAGUUUGGAAAUCAGAGGGAUGAAGGAAGCUUGUAUGAUGAGUUAGAUGCAAAUGAAACCACGCCUCUGAUUGCUGAAGAAGAAGAAUUAAAGCAAGUAAAACAAGUACUCACGAGCAGCUUUGAAUUGUUAACAAGCAACAAACAUCUGAAUGCACUCGCAAAGAGCUUUGUGAAACUUCUUCUGGUGGGGUUGGGCUUGAUGCUGUUUGCUUUCCCACUUCUUUUGGUCUUGCUGGAAUCUGACAUUGAUGCUUCUUUUCUGAGGGAAAUCCGGCAGACACCAGAGUUUGCGCAGUUUCACAAUGAAUACUACUGUCCGCUUAGACAGUGGUUUGCAUGUAAGGUACAUUACAUCCUUGAUAAGCUAGGCAGCACCUGAAACUACACCAAUGUCCAGCUGGACAAACAGUAACAACUUGUGACAACUUUGUCUCUGAGCAAAACAUAUUUCUGCUGUUUUUACUGUUUUUAUGUUUUGUACCUUUCUAAUGUGGUUAAAACGUAUUUCAGGAAAUUUUAUUCAUAUUUUGAGUGAAAAUUGCUCACGAAAUGAUUGAAUUGUAACGUGCAAAGUAAUAAGUGUGGCAUGAAGGAAUACUUUCUGAUAUUCCAUGGUUGUUGUAUUUGUGUAUGACUAUACAGCAUUUUGUUUCCACCUUUUUCAAGAUGGGUGCAAGAUUCCAAAUGGUCUAUACAGAUGAAUAACUAUUAUGGCAAUGGACUGUUUUUGUCUAUUUGCAUAAAAUGUAUUGACUGGGUUACAUGUGGUAAGAUGCAUGAUUUUGGAGGGUGGGCACUUGUUAUUUUCACAGGCUCUAAAAUCAAAUCAACAUUUAUUUAAAUUUAUUUAAGUAGAAAUUAUCUGUAAUAAUGGGAAACACCAAACUGAUUUGGGGUAGAUUUCCAUGGAGGUUCUUCCACUUGUUUAUUGUAACUGGGGAAAAGUUCAACAGAAUUUCUCCAUUCCAUGGAAAUACACCCUGCUAUCAUUAAACUCUACAUUAACUGAAGAUGUUUUCAGAUAGGAGGAUACAUGAAAUGAUGAAUGUUUUAGCAGUAUAAAGUUGCCAAUGUUAGACAAGCUGCAAGAAAAUGUUGUGUUUGAGUAAAUUCAGAUUGUAAAUUUUAAACAAAAGAAAUUGGCUCAGCUGUUCAAGUUCAUAGCACACAUUCACUUAAUUCACAUCAUUAUACAAACUGAAAGAGUAUGACAAGAUACCUUUAGAAUAUAGGAUUCCACAAGGCUUAAAUUUGCUACAUAUAUGUUAAAACCAUAAGACAUAGGAGUGGAAGUAAGGCCAUUCAGCCCAUCGCGGCCACUCCAUCAUUUAAUCAUGGCUGAUGGGCAUUUCAACUCCACUUACCCGCACUCUCCCCAUAGCCCUUAAUUCCUUGCGAGAUCAAAAAUUUAUCAAUCUCUGCCUUGAAGACAUUUAAUGUCCUGGCCUCCACUGCACUCCGUGGCAAUGAAUUCCACAGGCCCGCCACUCUGGCCAAAGAAAUGUCUCCUCAUUUCAGUUUUAAAUUUACCCGCUCUAAUUCUAAGGCUGUGCCCACAGAUCUUAGUCUCUCUGCCUAAUGGAAACAACUUCCCAGCGUCCACCCUUUCUAAGCCAUGCAUUAUCUUGUACGUUUCUGUUAGAUCUCCCCUCAACCUUCUAAACUCUAAUGAAUACAAUCUCAGGAUCCUUAGCCGUUCUUCGUACAUUAAACUUACCAUUCCAGGGAUCAUCCGUGUGAAUCUCUGCUGGACACACUCCAGUGCCAGUAUGUCCUUCCUGAGGUGUGGGGCCCAAAUUGGACACAAUAUUCUAAAUGGGGCCUAACUAGAGCUUUAUAAAGUCUCAGAAGCACAUCGCUCCUUUUAUAUUCCAACCCUCUUGAGAUAAGUGAAAACCUUACAUUUGCUUUCUUAAUCACGGACUCAACCUGCAAGUUAACCUUUAGAGAAUCCUGGACCAGCACUCCCAGAUCCCUUUGUACUUCGGCUUUAUGAAUUUUCUCUAUUUUCUAGAAAAUAGUCCGGGCCUGUAUUCUUUUUGCCAAAGUGCAAGACCUCUGAUUUGCUCACGUUGAAUUUCAUCAGCAAUUUCCUGGACUACUGUCCUAAACUGUCUAAAUCUUUCUGCAGCCUCCCCGCCUCCUCAGUACUACCUGCCUGUCUUCGUAUCAUCGGCAAACUUCGCCAGAAUGCCCGCAGUCCCUUCAUCCAGAUCAUGUUAACAUACACACUGUAAAUAGCUUAGCAACUUUUUAACAAAAGCGGACCAGGAGAUAAUUGUUUGAUUCAGGUUUGAUUCCCUGAGGCAGUAAACACUGUAGGCUGCUGCCUGCACAGCACUCUUCAUAGAUAUCAAGGAAGAAUUGGGCACACUUUGUGGGAAUUGAGGUGGCAGUGACAAACUUCUUGCCAGAAUCCUUAACUGCACAUAAAUAUCAACUAGUUUCUGUGUACAGGGACAAGUCAACUUAAUGGUGGUUGAAAACAACAUUGAUAGCAUGGGUUCAGUUCCUGUUUCAGUUGAAGCGGACUUGGAGUGUAUCUCCUUGCCCUACCUUGUGAGUGGAAAAACAAUGGCAAACCACAUUUGAAAGGAAACAGCUUAGAAAACAAUUCAGGAUGAAGCAUUAAUAUAUAAUGAUCUAAGAAUCUGUCUUCUGGCAGAACACACAUCACUCACUCACGCGCUCUUACUUUAGUCUCAAAUUUCAUAAAUUGAACCACUAAGGUCAAACAGUAAAGCAGUUUCCUUUUACCUUGCAAUGAAAAGAAAGAUCGGUCCAAGUUAGAAAGCUAAAAAUUAUUGCAGAAAAUAACGUAAAGUGUAAACAUAAUCCAAAUCUGCUUCAGCUGAAACGGAAAAAGCAACCUAUGCUUUUUAUGUUGUUUUCAACCAGCAACAAGGCGACUGGCCCUAGUAAACCCAAAAUUUGAUAUUUCUGGACAGACUAAGGAUAUUGGUGAGAAUUGUUUCACUACCACCUCAAUUCCCCAGUUCUUGCUUGAUAUCACUGGAGAAUGCUGUGCAGGGUUACUGCCUCAGGGAAUCAACCUAAAUCAGACAAUUAUUUUUAAGAUUUUAUAAUUAAGAUUUUCAAAUUAUUAUUUCUCAAAUAUGGCUGGAAAAAGCCACUUCUGACUACUGAUAAUGCUUAAUCAAUUGACUAUAUUCACUGCUAUCAAAAAGUAUAAAUAAGCAUCAAAAAGUAAAAACAAAAGGGGGAGGUGCUACCUUUGUGGUAGUAUCGCUGGACUGUUAAUCCAGAGACCCACAUAAUGUUCUGGGGACCUGGGUUCAAAUCCUGCUGCUGUAGAUGGUGGAUUUUGAAUUCAGUGAAUAUUUGGAAUUAAGAAUCUAAUGAUGACUAUGAAUAAGUUGGCAGGAGGAAACCAUCUGAAUCACUAACAUCCUUUAGGGGAGGAAUCUGCCAUCCUUACCUGGCCUACAUUGCCUUUGGGCAAUAAAUGCUGCCUGGCUAGCAAUGCCCUCAUCCUUGAAUAAAUAAGAAUAAAAAAGAAGUUUUGCUGCUAGCCAUUUUGAUAACAGUUGCAGUGAAAUGUAUUGUCAAAAACUUCUAAAUGAUAUUUGGAAAUAGUGUAUGCCUCAGAAGCCUGAGAAUUUCUUUUAAUACACCUGGGAUGGAGGGCAUUAUUUAUCACUCACCCUAAUUGCUUUCAAGAAUAUGAUAGCGAACCACUUUCUUAAACUGCUGCCAUCAGUGUGGUGUAGAAGACCCACUGUGCUAUGAGAGUGUUUUUAAGUCAGUUGGAUGUUGUUUAAAGUGGAUGUUGCAGGUGGUGGUGUCGUAUGCACUUGGUACCUUUGAUUUUCUAAAUGGUAGAGAUUGCAGAUCUAGGAAAUACUGUUGAAGUAGCUUUCACAAAUAUUGCAGAGAAUCUUGUGAAUAGUGCAGACUGCAGUCAUGUUUGGUCAGCAGUGGAGGGAGUGAGUAUUUAAGUUGGAGUGGUUAAGGAGUGUCAGUCAAGUGGGUUGCUUUAUCACGGAUGUUGCUGGACCUUGUGUGUGUUUUGGAGUUGCACUUAUCCAGGCAACAGUCCUGACUUAUGCUUUGUAGAAUGUGGACAUGUUUUAGAGAAUGAAGUGGUAAGAUAACAGAUGCAUAAUACCUAGCAUCUGACUUGGCUUGGUAAUAGGAUUUAUGAAGGUUGCCCAAUUAAGCUGUGGUCCAUGAUGAGCCCACAAUUUUGAUGGUGUGGUUUUCAGUGAUUGUAAUGUUUUUGAUUGUGAAGAGGAAGUGGUUAGAUUUUUUUGUUGAAGAUGGUCAUUGCCUGGUAUCCACAUGGUAUGAACAUUAUUUGCCUCUUACCAGCAUAAGUUUGAAUAUUGUUAUGGUAGUAUUUUCCCAUUGUAAUAGUAUCACACAUAAGCAAAAAAGACAAAAUACCACUUCUGUCAUUUUUAUUGCAAAUGUGUGGCAGAGGUUUUAGGAUUUACAAGUGGAAGAUACUUUUCUUGCAGUUAGACAUUAACUGUCCUAUCCAAAUAACUAAAACACAACAGCCACUUGAUCUGUGUUAUGGGAAAUGAAACAUUUAAAUGCACUCAUGAAUUAUGAUUCAUGAACAGGUGACAUUAUUCCAUGCUUGAAUACGUUUACAAUUUAUUUUGCGAAAUCAGGAGAGCAUAGGCUAUGAUUUACUGUUAAAAUGAAUAGACAAAUAAUUAGCUAAUUCUUGACAAUGAAUUUCCCAGAUGCGUUCUUUUGAAUGUCAUUCCCUACUAACAUAGGAACAUUAAAUCACCUUUAUCAUAUUUUACUGUAAUCUUAUAUUAAUCGCAGAAAAAUAAACAAUCGCUUUCCUCUACAUUGUAGUCCUAUGUUGUGAAUCAGCUAGGAAACAGUCCAAGUAGUAAGUGUAAUCCAGUUGCAGGGAAUCUGAAGCUAUAACAUUGUCCACCUGAUUUUACUUUCUAUUUAUGUAAGAUUGUGUGAUUUUCAGAAUUUCAUAUCAAUCCAUUCCUGUCACUUUCCUGCCGGCUGAAUUAUAAGUUUACCGGUGUCUAGUGAAAAAAAAACAAACAGUAUAUCUAUUCAGGGAGUAAACUAGCUCUGUUUCUUACUUGUUAAAAAAAAGAAAAAAUUUGUUCAGCCCUCUAUUGAAUAGCUUCAUAACUGAGUUAAGAGAGAAGCAAAAUGACUGUUCCUGGAGGCUGGUUGGAGUGCAAUUAGAAGUGUGUUUUUCUGACGAAUGUUAGAAACUAUUAAUGCUUUUGCCAGUCAAUAAAACUUGCACAAUAAAACAAAACUUAUUUAAACUGUACGAGUACAUUGAACAAAUAUUACCUUCCUACUACCUUAGUGAGUGUGUCUAGUGAGUAACUGAACUACACAGGCCAGGGUUCUUGGCUAGGGUUGAUUUAAUUAUUCUAACGCAGGGUGGCAGAAUGACUGCUACAAUUGAUUUCAGUCUGGCAGGAGAAAUUUGAUUGUUUCUGGUCUUGACUGUUAUACACUGACCCCUACUGGAGGUUAGCAACACCUGUACAGCUGAGGAAAGGAUCCGAAUUCGAUUAAUUUGAGUAAUUUGAAUGGCAUUGGAGGGUGCCACCUGUAGAACUGUAGUCCAUCAUUAAAUCAAUACAAAUAGAAAAUUGUUGAUUAAAUUGACAAAGAAAUUAUUCCAUCAGAGGGUCAUUGACAGUAUAGCGUUCUAAUUUAAUAAUUUGCAACGGCUAGGAACAGUGGAAAUGUCAUCUUAGCCACUGAAUUAGAUUACAGUUUUAUAGUUAAUUCUCAGGAAUUCACAAUCCUGCUUAAAAGUUUAGAGAAUUGAACAGUAAACCUUUGAAGUUUCAUUAUUUAUAACAGUAACAAAUUGCAUUUGUUUCACCUAUAAAAAAGUAAACUCAGGUUAAAGGCACUUUGCAGGAUCAUUAUCAAACAAGAUACAUCAAGAUAACAAAAACCUGGUCAAAUAGUAGGUUUUAUGGAAAAACAUAAAAGGAGAGAGAGGUGGAGAAGUUGCGGGAGUGAAUUCCACAGCUUAGAACCUACACAGCUGCUGAUUUGACUAUCAGUCAUGCCACUAUCAAAGCAAAGAUGUGCAUGGAAAACUGAAGAGAUCGAGAGAUUGUGAUGGGCUGAAAGAAGCUAGAGAAAGGGAGGGACGAGACUUUGGAGGAAUAUGAAUUUGGCAAUAAGAAUUAUGAAACAGGUGUAGACAGACUGGGAGUCAAAGUAGAUCAGCAAACACAGGGCUUAGAGGUUAGAGUUGAAUAAAACUAGACGUAAGUAAGCAAAUAGGCAACAAAGUACUUAUUGGCUUAUCUUCAUUCACGGAUGGUGGAAAGAAGGAGGCUGGCCUAGAAAUCUUUGAUUAAAGACUAACUAUAUUUCUUCUUGCACAGUUUAAAAUAUUUCAGAAUUCAAACAGUGUCUCAUUAUUAUUUUGGCUGCGGUUGAGUGAAUAUUAUUUUAUUGGGUUGUUUGUCAGAUACACUGACUGUUUGAGGUAGUUGCCUAUUGACAGAAGAACAUUAAUGGAACUCAACCAGUCAAAUCAAAGAAUGAAAUAAAUAGUCAUGACUAACAAAACUGUUAUUGACACAUUGCAAUCUGUCCUUGACCAUCCCUGCAACCUUGGUGACAGAAGAUCUUAAAGCAGACUAUUUCAAUCUUGCACUCAACUGGUCUUAAUCUACAAAUAAAAUUACUUCAUUAAUUACUGAGGAAUUCAAUAGGAAUGAAUCAGAUGUGAUAAAGGAGUAGAGCUAGCCCAUUUAGCCCACUGAUUCAGCUCUGCCAUUCGAUCAUAGCUGAUCAAUUUUUCAAACCCAUUCUCCUGCCCUCUCCGCAUAACCCUUGAUCUCCUUACUAAUCAAGAACCUACCUAUCUCUGUCUUAAAUACACUCAAUGACUUGGCCUCCACAGCCUUCUGCGGCAAUGAGGCCCAGAGUCACCACCCUUUUGCUGAAGAAAUUCCUCCUCAUCUCAGUUCUAAAGGCUUGUCACUUCACCCUGAGGCUGUGCCCCCUGGUCCUGGUUGUUCUUAUUAGUGGGAAUAUCUUAUCCACGUCCACUCUAUCCAGGCCUCUCCGUAUCCUCUGUUUCAAUUGGAUCACCCGUCAUCCUUCUAAACUCUGAAUACAAAGCCAGAGUUCUCAAUCUUUCCUCAUCCUCCAGGGAAGACUUGUAACCUUCCUCUGGAGACCCUCCAAUGUCAGCACAUCUUUGCUUAGAUACAGUGCCCAAAACUACUCACAAUAUUCUAAAUGUGGUCUGACCAGAACCUUAUACAGUUUUGGCAGUACAACUCUCCUGUUUUCUAGCCCUCUUGAAAUUAAUGCGAACAUUGUAUUUGCCUUCCUAAUCACCAACUGCAUGUUAAUCUUUAGAGAUUCCUGAAUUAAGACUGUGUGCUUCAAAUUUUAGAAACCUUUCCGGAUUACAAAAUAGUCUACAUCUCCUCUUCCUACUAAGAUGUAUAACGUUAUGCAUUGCCACAUUGUAUUCCAUCUGUCACUUCUUUGCCCACUCGCUAAGCAUGUCUAAGUUCUUCUACUGCUGCCCACUUCCUCAAUGCUGCCUGUCCCUUCAACUAUCUUUGUGUCGUCUGCAAAAUUAGCAACAAUGGCCUGAGUUCCUUCAUCCAAAUUGUUAAUGUAUAACUUGAUUAGUUGUGGUCCCAACACAACUUUAUGUAGUUGAAAACCAAACAACAACCUUUAGUAAUAGAGUGUCCUUAGCUUGUUAGAACAUCCUAAGGGACUUCACAGGAGUACUAUAAUAUAUAUUACAGUGAGGUAUUAAGUCAGUUGACCAAAAGCUUGAUCAAUGAUGCAUGUUUUAAGGUGUUCAUUUGAAGAGUUAAGUGAGAUCGAAAGACAAAGAAGUGUAGGGCUUAGCUGACUGAAUAUGCUGCCAAUGAGCAAUUAAAAUCAGGAAUGCUUAUGAGGCAGAAUGAAAUGAGCAUGUAUGUUUCGGAGAAUUGUAGGGCUGGAGUUGAUUAUAGUCAUAGAGAGGGAUUGCUUAUGUGGAAUAUAAACAAAGGUGAGAAUAUUAAAAAAUAUGUUGAUUUUUUGAAUCCAGUUUAAGUCUGUGCAUAUUGUGAUGAUGGAUUAAUGGGACUGAUAUGUAGUUUUUGAUAUUGAAAAAUGGUUAGGUAAGAAUAGGUAUUACUGAAGUCUGUUACAAUAUAUUUAUGGUAUACCUUGCUUCUUCAAAACUUUAGGCAUAAUAGUUGGGUAUAACUUACAGGAACCUUUGCCAGUGACCCUGGUUCUGACUUGCCUGCUAAUGCUUCACUAGCUUCCACUGGCCAUAUAAAUCAUAUCACAAAUUUCAACAGAGCAGGGCAGGCAAUCGAAGUGUUUGGUUUGACCAGGAGUAUCUCUGAUGACCACACACCAAAUCCCAUUGACAAGCAGGGACAGAUAAAUUCCUUUGUUUUGAGGUCCUUUCUGUGCCUUUGCAACCGGCAAGUCUGGGAUUGGAAAAGUCUCCAACCCCAAAUGGCCAGCCUAUACUGAUCUGGAACUCUUACAUGUGCCUGCUGAAGUUAUUGAGGGAAUAGUACAAAUAGCUCUACACUGAAUCAAAGAUGUCUUCAAUUCCCACUCAAGUGCCUAAUUGAUAUUAGUAUAUAUCACAAUAGUAUGUUAGUUACUUUAAACAUGAAAAGUCACUAUUUAUAUACUGUUUAUACCUCAACGUUUAUAAUUAUGAAGACUGAAAGGAGUAGCAAUGCAAAUCAUGGUUACAGCUAGAAGAUAUUGCUCGCCAGAAGCAUGAUCAGUGAAUAAGGAUGACAAAAUUAUAUCAAUUUCUCUGACCCACAACAUCCUAAUUGGGUAUAUGGAUGCCUGCUUUGAUCCUGUUUGUAAAAUACAAAAUGUCUCUCUGCCUUCAAUUUGUCUAUGUCCUCCUAUUAGUUUGAAAAUUAUAUUCAUGUUUCCCAUCCAACAAUCCCAUAGUCUGAACUUUAUUAUCUGCUGAAAAAUGAAUUCCAUCUGAAUCUCUUCCCAAUUCAAUAUUUUGCCACUAACUUUAUCUUUUCUUUUGUGGAACACAAAUGUAACAUUGUUGAUGCUCUUACAUGUGAUCAGUGUCACUCUCUUAGAUUAUAUUCUUCAGCUCUGCUUAUUUGUCUGAUAUCUGCGUUGAUAGUUGCAAUAUUAGGCUACCUAUUAUACCCAAAUGUUUUUCUUGGCUCAAUUUAAUUACUGACAUAGCCUGAAUUUUGUAAUCAAAUUUACUACUUUCUUCUCUUAAAUAUGUGUUAUUGCGCCUUCCACAAUAGUGUGCCUUUUACCCUUCACUUAUCAAGCUGUAAAGUGUCUGUAGAGACCUCUGAAUCUUAUCUCCGUUUUGCUUCUCUUUUCUACUGAAGACAUAAAUCUAAAGGAUAAAAUACCUAAAUCAUAUUUCUGAUAUUUACUUAAAAAGGACAACCUGUUGUUCAUCUGCUUCCACACUUGAAUUUCAUGAGAAUUUUUUUUUAAAUCACAGAAGCCAGUAUUUUAUUCCUUUGAUCUCCAUGAAGAUUGAUUUUUUAAAAAAAAUUAAUUUCCCAGAAACUGAUGGAAACUGAGGGAGAAAAGAUAAUAUUGUAAGACGAUUACUGUAACAAUUUAGAAUCAAAAUUUAUUAAACAAUACGUAACAAGUUUUAAAAAAUUAUAUAACUUGACCUAACAAUACAUCAAGUGAAAGAAAAGUUACUUUUAUAUAAACUAAUACAAUUGAAAUAUGUCUUAUGAAAACCUAGUACCACAUUUUGGAAGAUAUGUAGUAAUUUAGCAACCAACCCAUAGUUAGUCCUAGUGCCCAGAAGGAUCACUUCUACCUGCCACACCAAGUUGAAACUUGUGUUCCUUGACAAUUAUUUCAUUCCCAGUCUUAGUUUUAUGGAUCUGAUGACUCUCCGUUCAGUUGUCAAGAGAGUCGCCUGUUCUGUUCUCUUUGAUCUGAACAGAAUCAGAACUCACAAGAGCAUCCUACUUAUUUGAUAGCACAAAACAGUCCAUCUGCUUUCUGACAGUAGUAGCUUCUUUGUUUCUGCAUCUCAAAAACUGCUGUGAAUAGAUGUCAAAACUGAUUCCUGCCACCUCUGAAAUUGCCUCCCAUAUACAGUACUUCCUGUAGAUACCAAUUCCAUGACUUAAAGCAAAUGGCUGCUUUCAACAUAUCUCAAUUAAGCUAACAUCACAAACUAAAUUAGUGAGUACUUUAAGGGGGAAAGGAAGGUGGUGAAUGGGGAGGUUGUAAAAUAUGGAUUGCUUUGUUGCUCAAUCUAACUUUUACAAAUAUAUUUAAUAUUCUAUAGAAUUUUAUCUGGAAAGUAUUCAAUAAUAUAAUUCAGUUAAGUCACAAACAAAACAUACUCAAGAACCGGUUCAACAAUGAUCAUUUUGAAGGCAUCAUUAAUAAAUUAAUAUGAAGUUAAAUUAAGAAAUUUAUUUAUAGAUUUAUUUCUAGAUUGAAUUAAUUUAUAGAACAAUAAAAGAGAAAUAUUUGCCAGAUUUUUCUGAACUUCAAAGUCACGCUAACAAUAUUUAACUGUUAUUUUGAUUGCAAAGACACCAUCUGUCUUAAUAUAAUGACUGAAGGGAUCAAUUCAUGUCAAUUAUUAUCUUGCUGCAUCACUCAUUGACCCCAGGUAUUUAAAAAAAACUUUUGUAUUGGUCUGGUGCCCUUGUUCAUUUCCAUGUCCAUUAUAGAAAUUUUUAAUAUUAGAUGGGCUUUUCUAUGCAUAGACUAAUUAAACAGUUAUUCCUAUUGAUGGACUGUUGUAAUAAAAUUUCAAUUCUCUUUAGAUGACUUGGUUAAAUGAAAUAAUUAAAGAAAAUCAAUUGGCAAGUCAAACUAUAUAAAUACUUUAACAGCUUCACAAGCUGCUUAAAUGUUAUAUGUUCACAUGUGCUUAGAUAUAAAGAACGAACAGCAAUAAAAUGCUUGACUUUGGAUGACAGAGAGGCAAUUUAAGAAAGCAGAACAUUUUCAUUCACAACAUAUUCUACUCUCUAUACCAUCUUUGUUUCUGGGUGAAAUUGUAAAAUAUACCAAAAAUCGUGCUUACAAAUAUAACACUAUAUUAUUGCAUUCAUCAUGGAUUGUUUCCCCUUGAAAUUUUGCCAGGGUUUGUAAUUUAAUCAUUCAUACCAUUAAUGAAAGUUAAACGAACUGUUGAAAAUACAUAUAUGGGGAUCAUUUAUGUGAAACUAUUAAGAACUGUGGUGGAUAGCAGAGAUAGAUUUCAUAGUCUUUGUUCACAUUGUGAUGUUUUUGCUGUGAUUUGCAGUGUAAGUAGGCGUAGUUCACCAUUAACCAUUGCUUUGCCUGCUUUAAUAAACAUGGCUGUGGGAAAGAUGAAAGACAUUUACCACAACACAGUCAAUCAGACAGGAAUAAGCACUUGUAACUUUAGGCUACUAAACUUUGAGAAGGUUGGCAUUUCGUAUUUAUAUAGAAAUACUGACUGGAUUGUUUUAUUUGUUAAAACACCCAUAACAAAUCAACAAUAAAAGUAAAUUCAAAUAAAA